CACAUUUACACAUCAUUAUGCAGUGCUGUUUCUCCUGAGACUGAAUGUGCUGAUGAGUUAAUUGACAAGUAUAAAGAAUGGCCACCAAUAUGACUCAUUCUCACUUUGAAGCCUCAACCCACUAUGAUAAAUCUACAGUGGACAUUGAUGCUAUCAUAAAUACUGUUACCAUUGUCUUCUACGCCAUCAUUGUUCUCCUGGGCACCACUGGGAAUUCUUUGGUGAUCUGGGUGGCUGGCUUCCGUAUGAAGCCCAGUGUCACCAACAUAUGGCUGGUCAACCUGGCUGUGGCCGACCUGAUCUUCAGCUUUACCCGAGUCAUUUCACUCAUCAAAAAAUUAUUCUUUGGUCACUGGCCUUUUGGAGAGUUUCUCUGCAAGUUCACUGGCUUCUUCAAGUAUGCCAACAUGUUCUGCAGUGUCUUCCUUCUGGCUGUCAUCAGCAUGGAUCGAAUGCUCUGUGUUUGGCGUCCAGUGUUCACCAGAGAAAGACGGACAUUGUGUGCUGCCCGUGUGGUCAGUUUAGGGGUUUGGAUUGUGGCGGUCAUCUUCAGUUCACCAUACUUUGUGUACCGGCGGGUUUACUCUAAGAACAACUUGAGCAAGUGCUCGUCGGAGGUGAAAGCACCAUCAGACGCUGACACUGUAGCAAGGAACGCCUUGUACAGCAUCCGCUUUUUAUGUGGAUUCCUGCUGCCCUUCCUGGUCAUCCUCAUCUGCUACAUACUUGCUGGUGUUGGGAUACAUAGAACUCGACUCACUGGCAAAUCACAGCCUCUCCAUAUUCUUGCCGCAAUUGUCUGUGCCUUUUUCUUAUGCUGGGCCCCCUACCAUUGCCUACAGCUUGCCAAAAUGGUGGACAAGAAGAGCCAAGCAGUCAAACUGGGCCUGCCAGUUGCUAAGUGCUUAGCCUAUUUCAACAGCUGUAUUAACCCAGUGCUGUACUUUUGCAUGGGACUGAAUGUCAGGCGACGCUUUAAACAAAGUCUGUUAGGAAUUUGUCGCCGAGCACUAAUGGAAGAAGGCCACAUCGUGCAUCCCCAGGAGGGCACUGUGGAAGAAAGAUCUAAUUCCAUUCCAAAGACUGCAGGCAAAGUUUGAGAUAAACCUGAUGGCAUGACUAAUGAUUAAGACCAGAAACAUACUUUAAUACUAAAAUUUAAAUGCAAUGUUAGCAGGGGUAUAAAGUAACGAUUUACAAAUGCUCACGUUACUGUAAUUAACUACU